UUGGUCAGCCCGUUUUGAUUAGCCUACGUAUGCUUCUCACUGGAAUGCUUUGACCUUUCGACAACUUUAACUACAGCGACGGUGACACGAUGGGGAGAGUUGAUGUUGUCUUCAUACUGCUACUUGUCGCAAUCCCAGCUCUCGUACUGUUUCACCUCUACCUAGCCCCCUACACCAAGGUAGAGGAGUCCUUCCACGUCCAAGCCAUUCAUGACAUCCUUUCAUACGGAAUUCCCACUCAAAAUGUUGCUGAAUAUCUCAGCGCUCAAUAUGACCAUUUCACAUUCCCCGGUGCUGUGCCCCGGACGUUUGUCGGAGCUGUCGUCCUAUCUACGCUCUCGCAGCCAUUCAUCUGGUUAAAUGACACUAUUGAUAGGCAAUUACUAGCUCGAGCCAUUCUUGGCCUGUUUAAUGCUCUGUCUCUGCUCUCCUUCGCAUUCGGCUUGCGACGGGCUUUCGGGAAGACUACAGCGAUCUGGUACCUACUCUACCAGGCAAGCCAAUUCCAUGUUCUUUACUAUGCAUCCCGGACACUGUCGAACACGUUCGCUUUCGGAUUAUCUACCCUGGCGAUGCGGUACCUUCUUCAGGAGAAUUCCCAACAAGUAAACUCCGUGGUAUAUAGAAGCCGGUGUCGGUUGUCCCUGUGCCUGUUGACAAUAGCUGGUAUCAUAUUCCGUUCGGAACUGGCACUCUUCCUUGCCACAAACACCGUCUUUCUUUUCCUUACAAGACGUAUCGGUAUCCAACGUGAUAUAAUCCCAGCCGGAUUAUUGGGACUAUUCCUCGGUCUGGCCUCUACUGUACUCGUGGACUCAUUUUUCUGGCAAGAGUACCCCCUCUGGCCAGAGCUGUCAGCCUUCAUAUUCAACGUUAUCAACGGUCAAGCAUCGGCCUGGGGUACACAUCCGUGGCACUUCUAUUUCACCAAUGCCAUCCCGCGUCUCUUGUUGAACCCUCUUGUCUAUCUAAUCGGGCUUCCAUUCGCCCUAUCCCAGCCAUCAACCCGCUCCGCGGCAACAUGCCUACUCAUCCCCUCACUUACCUACAUAGCUAUCUAUAGCAUCAUACCACACAAAGAAUGGCGCUUCAUCGUAUACACUGUCCCCCCACUAACCGCCGCCUCCGCCCUGGGAGCAUCUUAUAUCUGGACGCACCGGACCAAAUCCCUCCUCUACCGUCUCCUCUCCCUAGCCAUGGCUCUAUCAACCCUCGCCUCAUUCCUCUUCUCCACCCUCGUCCUCCUCCCCGCAUCCUCCGCAAACUACCCAGGAGCAUACGCCCUCCAAUCCCUCCACGCCCACGCCCCCAACACCAAACCCCUCAUCUCCGUCCACCUAGGCAACCUCGCCUGCCAAACAGGCGUAACCCGUUUCCUAGAAACCCCCACAUCACCCAGCCAAAACUCAACCUGGAAAUACGACAAAACCGAAAACGAAACCCUCAAGGCCACGUCAUCUUUCUGGUCUCAAUUCGACUACCUCCUCAUCGAACCUGGAGAAGAGGAAUCGAAGAUUCGCUCUUUAUCUGGCCCUGGUCACUGGGAAGACGUGGAUGUGAUUGAGGGAUUCGCGGGACUGAGGAUCGUCCGGCCUGGUGAUGGGGCUGUGGGUGCAGUUGAGGAGCGGGUUCUUCGGAGGUUUGUUGGUGAGGAUGGGACUCGGGCUUGGAGGGAAGGGAGAGAUUUUGCUCGACGGUUGGUUACUCGUGGUUGGUGGGUUGAGGUGAGGAUGGAGCCGAAGAUUAAGAUCUUGGGGAGGGCUAGAUGAUCUCCUUUUUUUGAUCUUUUGGCCUUUUUCAUCUUCUUUGUAUGAGUAGGAGUAGUUAUGGAGUUUGUGUUUAUAUAUG